GUUAUGGUUUGAAGCAGUUUCCUGCUCUUCCAAUGUUUCUGUACAGUUUCCUGAUUUUGUUGGCUUCACAAAGCGCAAGUACCGAGGACAUUUCAAUGGUCUGUCAUGGAUCAGAUGAAGUUUUGGUGCAGGAUCCAGACCGAACUGUUACCCUAGAAAGGACUGAACUCGAGGAAACCUUCACCUGCCUCUUGUACCCAACGCAUAUAAUGAACUGUUCCUGGUUAUUCCACACUUUGGAGAAGGAUACCCAACUCUCUGUUUAUAUCAGUGAAUGUAAAGAUGACGAACUGGUUUAUUUUAAAAAUCACACCUCUGUGGAAAACGAAGGGUCAAGGUCUUGGAGAUUCGAUGAAGAUGAGAAAAAUCACAUAGUCGUGGUCUUUAACAUGUCCCGGCAUGACAAGUGGAAAGUUUAUGCCACCAAGUACGAAAUGGACGAACUAAGGCUCCUGCCUCCACCAUCAAACAUCAAUGCUUCAAUUAAAGAUGGAAACCUUUUUGUAGCAUGGAAUCUACCAAAGACAAAAACUACUCAAAACCCCGCCUGCUUUGAUUACCAGCUGGAUGUAGGUGGGAUGGAAACACUGACAGACUUGAGUGCCGUUUUGCAUUUUACGAAGCCAAAAACAGUUCCCACCCACACCUACAGGGUUAGAAUGAGGACAAAAGUGAGACGUGUGUGCAGUGGAUGUGGACAUUGGAGUGAGUGGAGUCCCACAGUCAUUGUGGAGCAGUCACCAUACACGGUUGACCCCUUGGUGAUCCUCGCAGUGUCACUUGGAAUACCCAUGAUGCUCCUUGCUGUGCUGCUGCUGGUGCGCCAUCAGAGGUUGAUCAAAAUCCUCUUUCCUCCAAUUCCUCGCCCUCCACUAGAGUACAAACAUUUCCUGGAAAGAAACGACCCGCUCAGUUUCUUCCAUCCUGCUCCACCAGCAAGGCACGAGGAAGAAAUCACUGAAGUGGAGGAUGCAGAGCUGAACCCAGAGAAGACAUUUUAAAUACAGCACAAGAUGGAGACAUGCAGGUUCUGCCAGUCAUUUAUAUA